AUGCCCACUUACUCAGAACCCAUCUCACCCGCGACACACGACCCCUCGCAACCAGACAUCCAGCAGCAGCAGAUCAAGCUCUGCUUCGCGUGCCAUUCCCCGCUGUCUCCCGACUCCAUCAACACCCCGCUCAUACACCACGACUCGGCCGAAUCCAGCGACACCACCAUCGUCUGCACCCAAUGUCGCAUCCGUUUGCUAGCGUUGCGUCCAGCGUCUGUUCCCAGAGACAGUGUUUAUGUCGAACUCGAGCGGGAUCUACGCCGCGCGGUGUCUCAGCAGGACGGAUGCAACGAGGCUAUCCCCGUGCAGCAAGACUCCACCUCGCGUGCAACUCAUGCGACCACUCACCAGUUCCCUGACAAUGUGAUGCAGUUGGAGCCUUCCGCUCUUCCUACGCCCUCGUCUCUCUCCUCUUCUACCGCUCCAUGUACUGCCACGCACGAAGCUUCAUCACACUCGCCUUCCGCCCGCCCCUCACUCGUCCCGAUCAAUACCUCUGAUAUUAUUGUUCCGCAAGUUUGUAAUAUCCAGUACGAGGUUGCCCCCCCGUCGACGGCGGCAUCGUCGAGCAGCAAGGUUCGCCCUCGCGGCCCAGCUGCGUCGCCAGAUCCAUUGGUCGACAUCACUCGUCUGCGGGUGCGAUCGCAGGGGCACCACUGUCUCUACCCAGGCGCAAUCUUCCAGGGUACGCAGAAGAGCGGUAGGAAUAGCUAUGACGUGACUGUCACCAUCGUGGAUGUGGAUUUCUCGUCGUCUCACCUCUGUGGGUACUUGCGCAUCCGCGGGCUGACAGACGACUGGCCCGAGCUCACGACGUAUUUUGACGCGGAAAUUAUCGGGAGCCGGUAUGGGUUCUUGACGCGCAACUGGGGUGCCAGUGAGCAGGAGGACAUGGUCCACUGGGCACGCUUCCCUGCUUUCCGACACGUCAGGCAUGAGCUCAUGAAACCUCACUUGACCAUGAAAGAUGCGAAUCGUGGUGCAGUCUUCAUGAGAUGGAAGGAGAAAUUCCUCGUUCCAGAUCAUCGUGUGCAAGACAUCAAUGGGGCUAGCUUUGCUGGGUUCUACUACGUAUGUGUAGACUUCAAUCCUCAACAGUCUGGACCGGCCGGCUCUCAGAGUCCGCAGGCGGCCCAGCCGCACCCACUGUCUGGGGAGAACGCUGGGGAAGCGCUUUCUGCCCUGGAGGAGACGCCCUCUCGGAAACCUGAGUCUACUCCACGCGUACGGCGGAUGUCCAGCAGUCAUGGUAGCAGACGGAUAGGUCGGUCUCCUUCCCGUGGAUUCCCGUCCAACGUGGCCACGAUGAGCGGCUUCUACUUCCACCAGAAUUCAGAACCAUACCAACAGUUAUCCUUGGUACAUGUGCCAGAGCGCACAACAUCAUGUUUCGAGUUUCGAUGA